GCCAUUCAAGCGAAUGGUACCAUGACUAAUAUUUUAAGUAAAACAAUUGGAACGCUCUUUGGUAGCUGACACACUCAAUCCAGUCAUAUGGAUUUUCUAUCUAAAUGGAUUGUCUUCUUGUCUCUGUGGUUGCUCAUUAUUCAGACACAGACGGAUCUCAGGUCAUCUGCAGCUGCAGCAAAGGAGAAGCAGGAAAGAUGGCGAUCAUUCAGUAGCCCAGGCACACGCAUGAGACACAGAACAACUUUUAGCAGAAGCAUUUUCUCUGGACGAGCCCUUUUCUGUGGAAGUCCAGAGUGAUGGAAGUUCUACAGUGUGAUGGCUGCCAUUUCCGGGCUGAUUCAUACGAUGACCUCAAGGCACACAUCCAGGAUGUUCACACAGCCUUCUUGCAACCCACAGCGGUCGGAGACAGGAGCCCAGAGCAUUCUGGGUCCAACUCUCUCAACUCGUUCCACCAAACCGAGGACGACGAGCAAGCCGAGCUCCAUUCCUUGGACCUGGACCCUGAACCUUUUACUGGUUCAUCACAGACUACUCACAAACGAUCAGUGAACCAGCCCUCUAGGUCUACAACUCAGUUUUUCCAGUGCAAAUUUUGUGUACGUUACUUUAGAUCGAAAUCACUCCUUAACGAUCACACCAAAAGGGUGCACGCAGUUGUCAGUACAGCAUCUGAGGGUAGUUCAUCACCCCCACAAACCUCUAAGCAAACUAGCUACAGCAUUCUCAUGCAUGACGGUAUGAGGAAGGUGUUCUCCUGCCAGUACUGCACAUACAAAUCUCCUCGACGUGCUCGAAUUUUGAAACACCAGAAGAUGUUUCAUAAAUAUAUGCCUUUGGACUCUCCUGAUAAUGAAUUAGCCACAAAUUCAGUUAUGUUGCCUACCCAGGAAGCUAGUCUGGAAUUACCAGAGGAGGUAGUACAACGUAGUAUUUUGGAAUCAAUGGUCAAACCUCUUACAAAAUCCAGGGGAAACUUUUCCUGUGAGUGGUGCGGAUACCAGACACUUCGACGAGAGCGCUGGUGUGAUCACAUGAUGAAAAAACACCGUAAUAUGGUUAAGAUAAUUUCGUCAAUUCAAGAUGGGGAUACUAGUAUUGAUUCAUCCAAAACCAGCUCACUUCAUUCUCCCAGUAGUAGUCCUAAUUCUGGAUUGCCAUCCAAUAGCUUUAAUGGUAAAGACGUGUCAUCUGUUGAUACUGGCUUUAUGGGCUCCUCCGAAAGUGCAGCACGGUCCACCCCUGGACAAGGGGAUGAUUUUUCAUCUUACGAGUAUUCUCAGAAGAAAUCUAAGAUAGCUAAUAGUACAGGAACCUCUACUUUAUCAGAGAGACCAACAUUUGUUAUGUCUGAUGUAUCUAAUUCAGGAGUGGACUUUGAGAAAAGAAGUUUACCGGGAAGUAGCUCAGAUGAUGAAGCAGAAGAUAUGGAUGAUACUCUUGCUCAUUUAUCUGAUGAUUCUAAAAAACAGCUGCUGUCUGAUGAGGAGUAUAAGAUGCUUGAAACAAAGGGAAUACCAUUCAAAAAGCAUAUGAACAGAUUCCAGUGUCCGUUUUGUUCGUUCUUGACCGUGCAUCGUCAGAGCAUUUCUCGUCACAUUGAAAAAAUCCAUCUCUCUGGCAAGAAGACUCUAUACAAAUGUGACAAAUGUCCUUUCAUAUGCACUAAUCCACUCAGACUUGGCACUCAUAAGCAGUGUCAUGUGGAGACAUCCUCUGAAUGGGAAAACAUGGAUGACAGCCUGUACAUUCAAGAUGAAGAGCCAAUGAAUGGAGGAAAUGUCAGCUCCAAAGUCUCUAGCAAGAAAUCCUGUGGAGUAGCAGUAAUCGAUCCAGAGAAGUCCUAUCACUGCUCCCUCUGCAGCUACUCUACAACCACACUGAAAGGACUUCGUGUUCACCAACAGCACAAGCAUUCUUACUGUGACAACAUGAAGGCAGACACUCUUGACGGUUCACCAAAUGAGCAGCUGGACUCUGAACAUGAAAUCUAUAGUUCUUCAAGCUAUGUGAAGAAGACCCAAACAUCUAUUCUUGGAUUUUCGUCAAAAAAGCUUGUCAAUAAGAGUGCAAGGAAAUCAAUCAAUGACUCGCCCCUCGAUUUAUCUCCGGUUAAGAAGAGAACCAGAAUAGAUGAAAUUGCAAACAAUCUGCAAAGUAAAAUCAGCCAAAGCUCACAAAAGGAGGAGGCCAUUAUUAACCUAGAGGAGAUAGAUGAUGAAGAGGAAGAAGAGGAGAAUGGUGAAAAUGAAACCGACGAAGACAAAGUUGAUAUUGAAGUCACGCAACUGUCAAAGAAACACUGCAUCUCUCGGCCACGUCGGAAGUACUCCAGAGAGAUGAAGGAUACCCAAGAGGAGGGAAGACAGAAGCUCUUCCUUCAUGAGAAACUGAAGUCUAGCAACACAUUGAUUCAGUUGACUAUUUCAGAUGAUGAUGACAAUGAAAAUGAGUGUGCCUCUUCAGCUGGGUCUAAAAGCUUGCUGGAUCAAGCUGAAAAAGACAGUGGAGGGGAGGCUUUCCGGCAUGGCAGUGAUUACAGUGAUGACACAGCCACCCUAUUUUAUUGCAAACAUUGCGAGUAUCAAAACAAAUCAGCACGCAGUGUCAGCACUCAUUAUCAAAGAAUGCACCCAUAUAUCAAGUUUAAUUUCCGAUACAUUUUAGAUCCUGAAGAUCAGAGUGCUGUUUUCCGGUGUUUAGAGUGCUUUGUAGAGUAUACAACCUUUGAUGAUCUUAAUCAGCACUACGUGGAGCAUCACCCUGAAGCCAUGAAUGUGCUAAACUUCAAUCAGCCGGAUCUGGUAUAUAAGUGUCGUUUCUGCUUGUACACCAGCCCAAACGUUAGAAGUUUGAUGCCACAUUAUCAAAGAAUGCACCCUACGGUGAAAAUAAACAACGCCAUGAUUUUUUCCAGCUAUGUUGUUGAGCCACGUCACAAAGAUUCCAUUGAGUCACAGACACUGAGGGAGAUUUUAAACUCUGGUCCCAAGAACUUCAGUAAUUCUUCAAGUGGAUCCAGAUCAUCUGUGCAAUUUAGUCCAGUCCAUAAGAACUCCAAAAGUCAAGAGUACCACACAGAGACAGAAGUCAUGAAAGAAUCUGUGGUUAACAAUGUAGUGGUCUACGACUGUGACAUCUGCUCUUUUGCCAGUCCAAACAUGCAUUCUGUCCUGGUUCAUUACCAGAAAAAGCAUCCAGAGCAGAAGGCAUCGUACUUUCGUAUCCAGAAAACAAUGAGGAUUGUCUCUGUAGAUAGAGCUCAAGCUUCAAAUAAUGACACACCUGAUGCGAGUGCCUCUAAUUCCUUGAAGACAUCAAAUGUGAUUCCUAUGGGAAUGGAUGAAGAUAUUUACUACUGCAAACACUGUGUGUACAGUAACCGGUCAGUUGUGGGUGUGCUUGUUCAUUACCAAAAGAGGCACCCAGAAAUAAAGGUAACUGCAAAAUAUAUCAAGCAUGCUCCCCCUACCUCUGGUCUAAUGAAGUUAAUGGAAGAAUUGCAGAUUGCACCACCUAAACAAUUCUUGAAAUCAGCCAGCAAUAAUGGGGUAGGUAAUUCUUCCCAUACCAAGUCUGGUGGUGACAAAGGAGAGGUGGAAAUGCUGUAUUUUUGUCAGCAUUGUGACUAUGGGAACCAAACUGUCAAAGGAGUCUUGAUCCAUUAUCAGAAAAAACACAGAGAUGUGAAAGCAAAUGCUGAUCUGGUUCGAAGACAUACUGCCGUAGUGCGGAGUCAGCGGGAAAGAGCUCAGUCCAAUAAUUCAUCUGUCCCUGCUGCCAUUUCUGAUUCGGAGGCGACGAGGCCACUUCGGGCCUUAAAGUGCAGGCACUGCACUUACACAUCUCCUUAUGUAUACGCUCUAAAGAAACAUUUAAAGAAGGACCACCCAACAGUGAAAGCUACAGCCAUGACAAUUUUGCACUGGGCUUAUCAAGAUGGCAUAUUGGAGGCUGGGUACCACUGUGAGUGGUGCAUCUAUUUCCAUCCAGAACCAAAUGGACUUCUCAUGCAUUACCAAAAGCGUCACCCUGAGCACAAUGUGGAUUACACGUACAUGGCCACCAAGCUAUGGGCAGGACCCGACACCACAGCCUCUCAGUCAGUAGGAAAUGCUGACUCCAAGCAUUACCAAUGCAAAGAUUGUGCCUUUCAAGCCUGUUCCAUCUGGGACAUCACCAACCACUACCAGGCUGUUCACCCUUGGGCUGUCAAAGGUGAUGACUCUGUGCUGCUUGAUAUCAUCAAAGGUAACUUGUCCUCAGAAAAGAGGCAGACUUCCACAAAAGAAGAUCUCUCCCUUAUUUCCGGCCAGUUUAACAGUCAUGCUUGUGAGCAGGGCCAAGAACCGUCAUUGGAUCUCACGGGGCAGCUGACAAAAAUCGUCUCACAUCAGUCAUUUCCCAGCACAUCAAUUUCAAAUAACCCAUAUCAGUGUACUGUUUGUUUCUCAGAGUACAACAGCCUUCAUGGUCUUCUAACCCAUUAUGGCAAAAAGCACCCUGGCAUGAAAGUAAAGGCAGCUGAUUUUGCACAGGAAACUGACAUCAAUCCUAGUUCGGUCUACAAGUGUCGCCAUUGUCCGUAUGUGAACUCUCGUAUACAUGGGGUGCUGACUCAUUACCAGAAGAGGCAUCCUCAAAUUAAAGUUACUGCUGAGGAUUUUGCAGACGACAUCGAAGAAGUUAUAGAUGUUAACGAAGGGGAAGAAAAGUACAAAUCUCAGAGGCAGGGGUUUGGUGCUUACAGAUGCAAAAUGUGUCCAUAUACUCAUGGAACAUUAGAAAAACUGAAGAUUCACUAUGAGAAAUAUCACAAUCAACCGGCUUCAGAUAUGUUCAGGCCUUCGUUUGCAGAUCUUUCUAGCAACAUGGAUGAAACGCAUGUUGAAAGUAGUCUUGCAGAUGUGGAAGACGCUACUGAUUUUCAUGCUGCAUUCUCUGAGUUUUCAGUUGACAAAAGUGAAAAGCAAUCAUUUAGAUGUCAACUCUGCAAAUAUUUCUGCUCCACCAGGAAAGGUAUUGCACGCCAUUAUCGCAUUAAACACAACAAUGUCCGGGCACAACCUGAGGGUAAGAACAAUGUCUUUAAGUGUGCUCUCUGCUCUUAUACAAACCCCAUUCGCAAAGGCCUCGCAGCACACUACCAAAAGCGGCAUCACAUUGACGCAUACUACACUCACUGCUUGGCUGCGUCUAAGACGGCCACAGAGAAACCCAGCAAAGUGGUGGUGCCUGCAGCUGAAGACCAAGGCCCCAUGCUGAGCGAGGAGCUCAGGGCUGCCGUGGAGAAGAGGAAGUGCUCCCUCUGUUCGUUUCAGGCUUUCAGCAGAAAGAGCAUCGUCUCCCAUUACAUCAAGCGUCAUCCUGGCGUUUUCCCCAAAAAGCAGCAUUCUAGUAAGCUUGGGCGCUUCUUCACUAUAGUGUAUGACAAGGAGCCCGAGAAUCCUGCUGAGGUGGAAGAAAAGAGGGCGACCGAGGAGCCCUGCGUGACGGAGCAGGAGGACGAUUCGGAGAGGCUGCCGUUCAAGUGCAGCAGGUGCUUCAAGCUGUCGUUCAACACGGCCGAGCUGCUCUGCAUGCACUACACCGAGCAUCAUAGCAAGGACCUGAAGCGAGACUUCGCCACCCUGGCUGGCCCCAUGGGAAAUGCCGCUGACAGCUACCAGUGUGCCCGGUGCGACCUCGAGUUCCUCAGCCUCCCAGAACUCAGUGCCCACUUAACCAGCCACAACGAAGACAUCCGAAAGCGAGUGGAGCGUCAAGAGAGGAGGAAGAAACAGCUUCUUGGCAAGCAGAAGGGAGCUGGACAGCUGGACGGCACCCCAGAAAAGCUGGAGAACCAUGCCAGUAAUGUCCCAAUAGGGUACAGGUGCAACUUUUGUGUGGAAGUCCACCCCACGCUCAGGGCUAUCUGCAACCACCUGAGGAAGCAUGUCCAGUAUGGAGAGACCAAGGCAGGCCGUGUGAAGCAUGAAGUACCAGAAAUACCAGUGUCUGCACCAGCCGACGGAGAACCGAAUGGUGACUUGGAAGAGGCGGAGCCAGUCACCCUCGGGUUGAGUCCAGUUUCGCCUGAGGCAGCCGCUGCCGUGGCAACUGACGGCAAGCCCGGAAUGCCGGAGCCAGAGCACGGAUCGGGCGAGCUGGUGGCCGUCAGGGAGCGGCGGGUGGAAAAGCACGCGUGUGGCCAGUGCGACCGCGUGUUCAUGUCCAUGCAGGGCCUGCGUUCACACGAGAGGAGCCAUUCGGCAAUGGCGGCAGCCCUGAGCAGGCGGGAAGACAAGUACAUCUGCCAGUACUGCCCGUUCAGCUCCCCCUUCAGGCACAACCUCCAGCGACACAUUCUGUCCCACCAUCGACACCGCAAGCCCUUCCUCUCCAAGUCUGCCUACCUGAGCCGUUUCAAAAGCCACCUGAACAAAGCCCAUCCAGGUGAGAACACAUACAGGUGCUUGUCUUGCCCUCAGUCCUUCAUGACAAUCAGCCAGCUGAAGGAACAUUCCCAGGAGAUCCAUGGAGAGGUGCUCACUCUCCCCAGGCUACGUGCUGCCGCUCAGUCGACAGUCCGUCCGCAGCGGCCCGCCCGGGUGGGCGAGAAGCUCCCCGUCACCACCGACUCCACUGAUGCGACGUAUGCAGACCCUGCGGCUGCGCAGCAGCAGCUCGACCGCUACCAGGAGACAGUACAGGCUGCCACACCCAGCCCAGCCCCGACACCUGCGGACGCAGCGCUCACCUGUGAAUUCUGCGACUUCAGCUCUGGCUACAUGCAGAGCCUGCGCAGACACUACCGCGACCGUCACGGUGGCAAGAAACUCUACAAGUGCAAAGACUGCUCCUACUUCACUUGCUAUAAGUCGGCGUUCACCAUGCACGUGGAGUCGGGUCACACGGCGUUGCCGGUGGAGAGCCUCCGGGAUCUGCACUGCCCACUGUGCCUCUAUCACACCAAAGUCAAGAGCAGCAUGAUUGAUCACAUCGUCCUGCACCGAGAGGAGCGCGUUGUGCCGCUGGAGGUGUCCUGCUCCAAGCUGUCACAGCAUCUCCAGGGCGUCGUGUUCAGCUGCCACAAGUGCACCUUCACCUGCUCCGGUGACGAGAGCCUGAAACAGCACCUGAAGAAGCACGGCGAACUGAAGCCAUACACGUGUCAGCUGUGUUUCUAUGACAGCGGGGAGCUGGAGGAGCUGGAAGCCCACCUGCGUGACGAGCACAAGGUGAUCUGUAAUUUUGAGCUGGCGGGCCGGGUAAACCUCGACCAGCUGGAGGCCGUGAUGGGCAAGCUGAGCAGCACAGAGGAGGAUGAGGAAGACCGGGAGGAGGAAGAAAACGAAGGGGAGCUAGAAGAAGCUGAGAAGGCUGAAGCCAAAGACGCUCCUGGCUCCCCGGGUAGUGAGAAGCGCUUCCCCUGCAAGUUCUGUGGUCGGGCCUUCACCAACAGCGCCGAAUGGGAACGCCACGUACUCCGGCAUGGCAUGACUGUAGCCAACAGCAAGAUGAAGGUUGGUGCCUCUUCAGUAGCUGAGGCUUCCUCACAGCCUGGGCUUGUAUCCCUGACUGCCAAACUGGACAGACCCAUCUCCAGCGAUAGCAUGGAGGUGGACAGUGGUUCUCCUUCAGAGCAGGCGAAGACCUGUACUGAAAAUGUGGAGUAUGACGAAACAGCAGAGACCAAAAACUGUCCAUGAGAGAUGCUGGAAGGCAGGGGCUUCGAUGGGUAUUUGAAGAUGGGGAGUCGAAGGAGUUUAGGCUGAAGAGUGGAGGUGGUGGGGUGGGGGGUUGAGGCAGGGAAAUCAGCCUGCAACUGCUUUACAACAACUGAGCAAUGAAAAGAUGCACAGUUGGAAAAUAGGUGCAUUCUGAAGUCUUACUCAUUGAAAGUUACAGGAUACUGUGCAUCUUUCUUGUAGGUCACAAUGUGUAUUUUUUUUUCUUUUAAAGUGCUAAAGAGACAUUAUCUUGGUCCCAGAGGAUAAACACUAAUAUAUUGGUAGCCAAUAGUGAUAGUGAGUGGUACUGUAAUGGAGUUCAGGUUGAAUUCUCAGUCUGUUAGUACAGUAGGAACAUUAUUGAGUUCUGUUUCAAUUGGAAACCUGUGCAUUUGCUGUUGUUUUUCCUUCUGUACUAUUUACUUGAACCACCAUCCCCACCUGCGGCGAUAAUUGCUUAAUUGUUCAGAAGGGUUCUCUUUUGUUAGAUUUUUUUUCUUCUUUUGUGUUCCUGAUGUGUGGCUGCCUGCUGCUGGUUUAGGUCAGUUGGGACUGAACACGCAUGGCUUGACUUUCUUCCAAAUUCAUGGUCUACGAGUUGGAGGUCUAGGCAACCCUGUUUUGAUAUUCUGUAGCAAUGUUCCUUGAAAGCUCGUUGCGUCUUGCUUUUUGUGCUUCUAAAGCUUUGAGUGACCCCCCCUCUGAAUUUUUUUGUACAAUUUCCACACUCUUUUGAGGAGUUUUUCUACAUAGUUUUCAUUUAUGAGCCCUUUUGGAAAAAUGUGGAGCUUUCAGCAGACAUAAGAAAUUCACCCAAUUCGCAGUACCACACACCAGUUCUCAAUUAUUUCCAAAAAGGGAUUCCUUCAUUGGUUAUUGAGUUCUGAUUGUAUGAAUACCCAGUUGUAAUGACUGUGUACUUUUAUUGUAGGCUCUUAUUGUGAAGAUGAUUUUCUGUUUAGUGUGUCGCUUCAAGGUUAGCGCCAGAAACCAAAAGAAACAAAGGUGCUUACCUCAGGAAGCCACAUCUGCAAGCCCGCAACCCCUCUGCAGCCAAACUGAUUUGGAUGCAAAUGUUCGGACCGAAGAGCUUCAGUGACAAGCAGAUCUCCUUACGUACUUACUCAUCUGGGACACUCUAUUGCAGCUUUGCUGCUAAAAAUCUGGGGAUUUACAGGAAAAAAAAAAAAACGUUAACUGAGCACCUUGAUGUUGUAGCUGUAUUUGUUGUUGCUGUUGUUUUUUUUUUGUAUUCUGUUUAUCCUGAGAUUUAUUUUUUCAACCUGAAGUUUCUGAGCCUUGUCAUUAUUUCUGAGUAGUGAAAAGUUUGAUUAAACUGCUGCUCAAAUACCCUAAAGCCUUAAUAGUAAUUGAUAACUAUUGUUUAGUAUUUUGGCACUUUAUGAAAAUGUUUUGUUUCAACACCAGUAUGACCAAUAAGCAUUUUGUAACUGUAAUUCUCUUCACUUAAGACUGUCCUUCUCAAGCUGAAGUCCUGUUGACACGUGGUUUUCCCUCUAUAGAUGCAUAUACACACACACGUGCAAACUUUCGUGUUUGACAGGAUCCUUCUCAUAUCUUUCUGUUUGUGGUUAAGGUUUUGUUCUCAUGAGAAACGGAAAGGGAUGCUUCGACCCUAUGCUAUUGCCGAAAAUAGAAAAUGUUCCUUUUUUUCUUACAUUUGGUGGUGUUGAGGGGGUAAAAAUCGCAACCCAGGUGGGUAUUUCCUGUUGGUGACUUACGACAGUCCCCAGUUCCUCCAAUAAAAGACAUGCUUGCCUUUAUGAAAAUACGUUUUAAUUAUUUUAAAGAAAUAAGCUUUCAAGUGGCAGCUCCUUCUUGGUAGUUCCUUUGAUAAAAACAACACACUGGAAAACAUGUAUAUAUUUUGUUUUUAUUUUACUCUUCCUACCAUUGUUGGAGUUUUGCUAUAGUUUCUUUAGCUCCUGCAUCUUGCCUUUUGUCCUGUGGGAUUCAGAUUCCUGAAGGCAGAUUGUAAUGUUGUCUAGAAUGGUUGUUUACACUUUUAUUCAUUUUAAUUCUGGAUACUAUGUAAAUAUUGUAAUUUGUUUGUCUUUUUUAACUUGUUAUUAAAGAUCUGAUAACGUUA